AUGGGUGUGGCGAGAACAAUGGUUGUAAGGCUCACCGGGGAUGAUCGGCUUGCAUUAACCAUGGCGACCGCUGCAGAAAGGGAGAGGCAGCUGCAGCGCGCUCUUGGAGAGUGCGCUUUGAGUAGAUCCUGGAUUUUCACCCUCGGAGGGUGUUUAAUCUCCAUCCCUAUAGGUAUCAAGCGCAAGUCCCUGGGUCCGCUGGUGUUCUACGGCACCACAGGCGCCAUGGUGGACAUCAUUCAGGGAAUCAGCCUCUGCGAGAAGGAGCUAGAAGAGCUCAAGGCGUUUAUGGAGGAGAAGAAAGCGGGCAAACACGGAGGAGCGGAUGGGUCUGGUAGCGUCAGUGGCUCAGAAUCGAAGGAGAGAAGCGGUGUUCCACAAGAUAUCGCACAGACGUUAGGCGCCAUGGUGGACAUCAUUCAGGGCAUCGGCCUCUGCGAGAAGGAGCGAGAAGCUCUGAAGACAUUCAUGGAGGAGAAGAAAGCGGCGAAGGAAGGAGGAGCGGAUAGGGCUGGUAGUGGUGUUAGAGAUCCAGGGGUAGGGGAGAGAAGCGGAAUUUCGCAAGAUAUUGCACAGACGUUACCUAGGUGA